AUGAGGUACCUUUCUACUCUCGUGACGGCAACUCUCGCUGUCACUGGAGUUGCUGCAAGCAGCUGGUUUCCUGGCAGCAAAGCUGUAUACAACAAGUGGCAUGAAACUGAGCUGGAGCGUUGGCUCUCGGAUAACAAUAUUGCCUAUCCAACGCCUGCCGAUCGCAAAGACCUUGAAUCCUUGAUUGAAAAGAACUGGGAUUCAUAUGUUGUUGCUCCUUACAAGAGCUGGGAUUCGGCUCAGCUCAGCGAGUACCUGCAAAGCAAGGGCAAGGAGACCAAGGCGGACGCCGAGGCGACGAAAGAUAGCCUUCUUGAGCAAGUCCAAGCCAACUGGUAUGAGACUGAAGAUAGCGCUCAGCAGGCAUGGGGCAGCGUCAAGGAUUGGAUUUUGGACACCUGGACUGAGAGCCAGCUGAAGGCAUUCGCCGACAAGCACAGCGUCCCUGUGCCCCAGCCGCGCCAGCGCGACACUAUGCUACAGAAGGCACGUCAAGGCUAUGAGACUGUCGCUAAGAAACUUGGCGAAACGACCGCCUAUCCUGGCAACUGGUUGUACGAGACAUGGACUGAGUCCGAGUUGAAGGAGUGGCUUGAUGCUCACGGGUUUCCUGCUCCCCAGCCUACUUCUCGUGACCAAUUGAUUGCCUCUGUACGCCGCAACUCGCGCCUGGCAUAUCUCAGGUCCCGUUCCCAAGCUGCCAGCGCCACUGCCAGCGCUCAGUCUGCGUAUGCGACUCUGACGGAUAUGAUCAUCGAUGCGUGGAACGAGUCCCAGCUCAAGGACUUCUGCGACAAAAAUGGCAUCGCCGUGCCACAGGGCACCAAAGUGAAUGAGCUUCGCGCUCUCGUCCGCAAGAAUCGCGCUGAGAUCCUUGGCGAUACAGUGGCAUCGAGCGCGUCAUCCGCUUUCGGCGCAGCAACAUCCAACGCGGAGAAUCAAUUUGCGCAGGCCACUGACAGUGCUUCUCUUGCCUCCCAGCAUGCCUUUGAUGCAGCUGUCAAGAGCUGGUCCGACAGCCGACUCAAGUCUUAUCUUGACGCCCGCGGCGUUCCUGUGCCCCAAGGCUCCACCACCGACGAUCUCCGUGCUCUUGCCCGCAAGCACUCGCACAAGGCCGCUACCGGAUGGACUGCGUGGACGUUUGAUGACUUCUCGUACGACAAUCUAAGGGGUUAUCUCUCUAAGAAUGGUGAUGCCGCAGCCAAGAAGGCUGCUGAGAAGAAGGAUGCCACACGUGCGGAGCUCGUUAGCGCAGCCAACUCCGCCUACUCGUCUGCUUCAACUGCUGGCGGCUCAGCCUAUGCUGCGGCUACCGAAUACAUCUCCAGUGCUACAGCUGAUGCAAAAGAUUCCGUCUUUGACUCGUGGACCGAGACUGAGCUCAAGGCCUAUCUUGACAGCUACGGCAUCCCUGUUCCUCAAGGUACCAAGCUUGAAGAGCUAAAAGCACAAGCCCGGAAGCAGUCCACUUACUUCAAAUACGGAACAUCAUCUCCCGGUGGCACUGUCCUCGCUAAGCUCGAGAACGCUGCCAAGGAUGGCUGGAACUGGGUGGCUCAGCAGCUGGACUUGGGCAGCGAAGCUGCCAAGCAGAAGGCCGCUGAAGCUGAGGCUGAAGCGAAGGCCAAAGCUCAGCACGUCAAGCAGGAGCUUUGA